UCUGGGUCUAGUGUCAAUGAAAUAUUGGCUGUCGUUGUCGUGUCGACCAUCUUGAAAUUGUCUUCUGAAGUGCGUCAUUCGAGUGCGUUGUGUUGUAGUAAAUUUUGUGAACGUGCAAGUUUGUGGUGUUUUUUGCUACUGUGGCGUUAAUUUAGUAUCUAAACAACGUGACUUAAUUUGCUAAAUUAUUUGUGAUAGUGGUUCGUCGUACUGAGCUUUCAUGAUUGGAUUACCGCGUAGCGAUAGAGAUAGAGAUCGAAUAACGGUGAAAAUUCGUAACAUGAAGAGAAGUUCGUCGAGGGAUAGUAUGCCGCGAUCGAAGCGGACGCGCAGUAGCAUAGGCAGGUACGAUGACAGCUCGGACGAACGCGUCACCCCGGACCGGGUGCGGCGCCGGGUACGCUCGCCGAGCCCCCGCGGCCGCUACGUGUCGCCGCACCGCGACGAUUAUGUCCGCUCUCGCGAAUCCAGAGAGGAAUCUGUCCGAUCGUACUAUAAGGUACUCUGUGUCAGCGCAUUACAUCCUAAAGCGUCUGAUGAAAUUGUAAAGGACACCAUGUACAGGGAAUUCAAGAAAUUUGGAGACUUCAGCAUUAAAAUUUCCCACGAGUUGGACGAGCGAGUGGCGUAUGUGUGCUUCCGCAGCGUAGAAGAUGCUAGAGAGGCCAAGCAUGCCAAACCAAGGAUAAUUUUGUAUGAUAAAGUUGCAAUUGUUGAUCCGGUUUAUGAGCCUGUAAGAUCUGAGUACAGGAGCAGACCAAGGAGCAUUACUCCACCUGAUUAUGAUCGUCCAUAUUCCUAUACUUGGUCUCCAGCGCCUGAGAGACGUAGGCCACCACCCGAUGACAGAGCAUAUGGAAUUCCCCCUACUGUCCCACCCCACCAUAGAGAUUUUCGCCCUCCAAUGCAUGAAUAUCCUAUGGCUGGGCCUCAUGGACCACCAAUGCACCACCGGCCUCCCAUGCAUCACCCUCCACAUCCUCAUUAUAUGCCACGUCCAUAUAUGCCUCGACCACAUCAUCCACCUUUUGAGAAAAUGGAAAAUAAAAAAGAUAAGUUUCCCAACUACUUGCAUCAUGUCCAGCCCGAAGAUGAUCCACUAGCUACCAGAACCCUAUUUGCUGGAAAUUUAGAAAUAAACAUUUCAGAUGAGGAACUGCGCCGUAUCUUUGGUCGGUAUGGCAUAGUUGAGGAUAUAGAUAUUAAACGCCCACCGCCAGGCACAGGAAAUGCUUUUGCAUUUGUAAGAUAUCAAACACUUGACAUGGCUCACAGGGCUAAAGUAGAACUUUCUGGGCAAUAUAUUGGUAAAUUUCAAUGUAAGAUUGGAUAUGGUAAAGCCACACCUACUACUCGUGUUUGGGUGGGUGGACUAGGUCCUUGGACAUCUGUCGCUCAGCUAGAGAGAGAGUUUGAUAGAUUUGGGGCUAUAAAGAAAAUUGAAUAUGCUAAGGGUGAAGCUCAUGCUUACAUUUUGUAUGACUCUAUAGAUGCUGCUCAAGCUGCAGUUAAAGAAAUGAGAGGUUUUCCACUCGGUGGGCCUGACCGACGCCUUCGUAUCGAUUUCGCUGACGUCGGUAAUGGCGGCCCUUAUAGGCCGAAGCCUUAUGUGCCACCUGUAGGUGAAGACGGUCGCCCAGUAGAGGGCUAUGAAGGAUAUGAGGGAACAUGGGAAGAGGGGUAUGGAUACGGUUCAUAUAGAGGUAGAGGUGGACAUCGAGGGCGUGGGCGAGGCAUGUAUCGGGGCGUAUAUCACGGUACUGGAGACUACAGAGACGAUGAGUGGCGACGUGCUCCCUUAGAUGGUGAAUACGACGGGCGCGUUCGUCGCUCUGGAUCACGGGAACCUGGUGUAGAUCGUUCCAGAUCACGAUCACUACGUCGACGGUCCCCCGAUAGCGACUCUGACGGCUCUCCUAGACGUAGCGGUGGCAUGCUCGCCUCCGCAAGAACACUUCCUGAAGUAGUUCGCAAAGCCACCACAAUCUGGAAUGGUGCCCUUAUUCUCAAGAACUCGCUGUUCCCAACCAAGUUUCAUUUGACGGAUGGCGAUUCUGAAAUCAUUGAUAGCCUUAUGAAAGAUGAGGAUGGCAAAAAUCAAUUACGAAUCACGCAGAGAUUGCGUUUGGAUCAGCCGAAACUAGACGAUGUACAGAAACGAAUUGCAACAUCUAGUUCGCACGCAAUAUUCUUAGGUGUUGCGGGCUCAACAGCGUCUAUCACAAAUGAGGACACCAGCAUUCAAACAAGGCCAAUGCGAAAUUUAGUUUCGUACUUAAAACAAAAAGAGGCCGCAGGAGUCAUAUCACUUUUGAACAAAGAGACGGAAGCUACUGGAGUCCUAUACUCAUUCCCACCAUGUGAUUUUUCAACUGAACUUCUGAAAAGAACUUGCCACAAUUUAACAGAGGAGAGUUUGAAAGAAGACCACUUGGUUAUUGUAGUUGUGCGUGGCGGGUCCGCCUAAAAGUUGCAUGAAAUAUUCACAAGGAUUAUAGUUUUAUAUUUAUUGAGUUUAUCAUUAGCAUAAGUUUUUUCAGAGUUUCCUAAUGUUUUAGACCUCAUUUUUUUAUUGUAUACUUGUGAUGUGUAGUGCUGUUGUGAGGUGUAUGUAAACAUUAUUGAUUAUGUGAAGGUUUUGAACAUCUAAGUUUGUGCAAGUGCUGUGUUAGUGCACAAAUUAUAGUGCCCAGCAAUAAUAACAAUUAACUUUGUAGUUGUUAGUUUUGCUAGUUCAUUGCAAUAAUACUUUAAAAUUGCGAAAGUGUAUUAUUGAUAAAGAAACUUCAUUUGUAUUGAAAUAGUGUAUAACUUAUUCAGUGUAUGGUUAGGUGAUGUGUAGUGUAAGUGUGUGACCAUUUAAAUAGAUUAUUUCAUCUCAUGUUGUAGUUUUUUUACACCUUGUGAAGUUAGUGAAUAUAGAAGUGCUAUUAUGAUUCCAACAGUGUCUAGUUUGUGAUUUGAAAGUAGUGUGGUUUUAAACAGUUCAAUUAAACAGGUCAAAAGUACCAAAUUGACUUAUCUUGGGGUUAGUGAAGUGUUGAAUCUGCACUCCUAGUGAGUUGUGUUUGUGUUAAUUCUUACCCUGAUUAACAAGGGAGUGGUGUAGUGAUUAGGAAAAAUUUGUUUGUUGUGAAAAGUGAUUUUUUUAUCAGAGUUAAUAUUAUGUGCAUACUGCACUCUAAAUCAUAAUAUAUAUAUAUAUAAUUCUUAACUAGCUAGAGGAAGCAAGCAACUGGUUUGAUAACGUGCUAUUUUAAAAAGCUAAUCACCUACUCAAUACUUGCCACAGACAAAUGGCUUAUAGGUAUAUAAUUAUCUUCAAUUCUUUAGUCACGAGUAUAGUUAGUUAUACCUAGUUAAACAUGGCUUUACAUUUAGUGUACUGAAAUAUAAGUGGCAAAUUUUUAGUUUCGAGAGGAUGUUGGUAAGUAUAAGCAAAUGGUAAGUAUUUUUACUAGAUAGAAGCAAGGACAAAGAGCAGAAUUUUUCCUAAAGGUACCUGUCAUUACGAAAGCGACACGAUUGUUGUCUAUGAAUACUACCUAAUAUUUCAGGGGCGACGAUACUGACGAUGGAUCCACCUUUGGGACCGCAGCAGUACCUAUAUCUGCGAUGCGUCCCAGACCAGACACAAUAGUUAAACAAUGAGGUUUGGAUUGUAAGAGGAGUUUGGGCCGUAAGGUCAUACCCUGCGCUGCUUCCCCCACAUUUCUCCACUAACAUCGACAAACAUCAUACACUUAUCCACGUCAAGCAUUAAAACUGACACUACUUAUGUAUGUCUAUCCUUUGGGCGCCGAUAAGUAGGUACCUAGGUACUGAAAGUAUACACAUUCCUUUCGAAGCCGUUUGAGCAACUUUUGGCUCUUACAGAAAUUACCAACGUAAUUUUAUGUUGGUACGUAUGUUAAAAUAAGCAUUGUAUGUAACGAUAAUAUAUCUGGCAUUUUUAUCCCCAGGAUUGAAAGUUACAACUUGCUAAAGGUGAUCACGAUCACGAUAAUUAUUUUCGAUGCGCAAAACAAAUUAGCUAAAUGGAUCGUCAACUAAUUUGCUUCUGCUAAUCUUUCAAACUUCCAAUACAAUUAAAAUUUGUAUGUUUUAAUCAUAGGUACGUCAUCGCGUGAAUCAACAGUAUACAGUGAGGAACUUUCCAGGCUACGUUCACCAAAAGGAAUAUAGGUAGAUGACGUUCGUUGUACAGCUUUAACGUGAUAAUUACGUAUUUUCUCUAUACUCAGGUACAUAAUAAUUCCAAAAUACAGUGUAAUGGCAGAAGCAUUGGUACCCAUAUACAAAUAAUUGAUGCUUGAUAUUUGGAUCACAUUAUGUAUAGAAUUAUGUUGCUACCUAUUUCAAUUUAACAUUGAUAAUAAUAGGUGGAAGAUGUAUUUGUGCCUGGCUGUAAUAAAAAGGGUCGUCAUUUGUACCCAAACACUGAUAAAAGAUGCAUACGUAUUUCUGUUAUCUAUGAAAUUAGAAGGUUAAACAAAGAAAAUCUGUACAGCGCCUUUUAUAUUGUUUUUGAGGAACUUAGCCUGGAAAGUCCUCCAGUGUGGAAUUGUGUAGUGCUACAGAUGUGAUGAAUUCAGUGAUGUUUGCAACUCCAAAAUCUGUGAUAACGUUUAUCUAAUAAAAGGUAAAUUAAAUCAA